AUGUCCAUGGUUGAACUUCUAUUCUUCAAGCCCAUCGCAGUAUCUCUGCACAACAUCUCAACAAAUAUCGACCUCAUUCAACCUCAAGAGGUUACGCAGAAGAGAAUAUUGUCCACGAUCACCAUCUUUUCACGAGCAAAGAUCACAAUGAGAGUCGAAGCAUUCAUUGUAUUUGUAAUCGCGUUCGUUUCUGGUGCUUUUGCCAUUCCGGUCUGUCCGGAUCCCUUGCGAGUGACAAUGCCAGAUGGAACUAUUCAAAUGGUUCGCCCACCAUGCCCUCCAAUUCCGAGCUUCCCGCCUCUUCCCCCUCGCCCAUCUCCUAGGCCUCGUCCGGGAACGUUCACUGUGAAGACCAAGUCCCUGAAAGUCAUCAAGAGUGACGAUGGUAUCUUUCGUGGCUGUGCCGACCCCCUUAUCUACGUUCUGUAUGGCAGAGUGAUCCCUGGUGUCGUCGGUUCGACAAUUGGAAGGAAACUGCCUCGUGUUGAUUAUGGAGAGGGAAAGUGCAGUGGACGCUUCAUAAGGAAGGUUGGUGCCGUCACGACUGAUUUCGUUCGUACAGACAAAGUUUCACUUGCAGUAUACGUGGUUGUCGGAAUCGAGGAAGACAACUUCGGGACCUCGAAAGUGAACGAGAAGCUUAAUGACCAGCUCAAGAAGUUGACUGAUUUGCUUCGGAAGUUGGAAGAAACGGCAAUCACUCCUUCCCUCGCUCGCCUUGGACUUGAUGUCCCUUCCUUGCUCGAAUCGAGGUUUGAAAUACCGGAGAUCAAGAAGCCGUCGAGUGGAUUGUUCAGCAUCGGGCAUGACUUUGUUGGGUUCAAUGCGUUGAUCCUGGUCGGUGGCUCUGGAUACUCUGGGCAACCAAGCGUAUGCAACCGCGCGGAAUUCCCGAUAUGCGCGACAAAAGAUUUGUUCAAGGGCAUCGUCGUUGGUGGGAAGUUUGACGAUAAUAUUUGGCGUGCUGAUGUUGAAGUUGAUGCUGUGUAG